AUGGCGGCAGAAUCGUCUGAUGUCAGAGAAGUUAAAAAGUUACUUAAACCUUUAGUGGAAAAACGGAGACGCGAUCGAAUGAACCGCAGUUUGGACCAACUGAAAUCUUUCUUAUUGACACAUUACCAGAACGAGAGUUUCCGAAACGGUAAAAUGGAGAAGGCUGAAAUCUUAGAAAUGACGGUUCAAUAUCUGAAAAACGCGGCGCUUGCGAAUGGACCGGAACAUCAGGGAGCAGAAAUCACACGGCAGAACUACGAGGCUGGCUUUAAGGAGUGCCUCCUGCAGGUGAAUAGCUUCGUUCGAAGCUGCGCCAGGUUUAACUCGCAGUCCCGGAGCGGUCUGAUGGAGGGUCUAGCCGUCUUCCUGGAGCGAGCUUCCGAGAAAAAUAGUAACCGCCGAAUGCCGGAGUGUCCGAGCCCCUCCGGCCCCACUUUGGAUCCUCUCCGACCAGGACAGCGAGAUUCCGGGGCUUGGGAUGUCGGUCCCGCCGCCUCCAACACCGUGAGGCCAAUGGCUGUUGUCCCCGCAGUCACCAGCAACUCGCCCGCAAGCAAUGUUCCGCAUUUCCUCGCCGCUCGGUCCGCAGUCUCGUACCAGAUGCCAAACCCCAGCCACUUCACAGCGAAACAUCAUGAACUUCAGGACUCCGGCUCAACAUCUUUUCUAGAGUGUCCCCAGAAAGGUAUUGUUUCGCCAAAACCAGUCCCUGGUCACCAGGAUUCAUCGAGAGGGACUGUUUCACACAAUGUCUGGAGACCGUGGCCGUAG